AAAAAAAAAAAUAAUAAUAAAUAUUUUAUAAAUUUUAUGAAUAAAAUAAGACCAGAUAAAUAUCAAGAUAUAUCGUAUAUAUUAUAUAUUAAUAAAAAAAAAAAGAAAUUAAAAAUAAAUAAGAUGAAAAAGAAGAACAAAAGAAAUAAAGAGAAAUUAAAAAAAUAUCCUUUUUCAUAUAUAAUGAAUACUAAAAAAAAAAAAAAUAAAUAUGUAAUAUCUAAUAAUAAUAUGUUAGAUAAAAUAAUCAAUUCCUUUGAUUCUUUACAAAUAAAAUUAAAAAACAUUUUCUUCUUUUUUUAUACAUCGAACAUGAAUAUGUAUAUAGGAAUAUUUAUAAGAAAUAUUAAAUCAUUAUUAUUAAAUAAUCAUAUCUAUAAUAAAACAAAUUGUCAUCAUUUAAAAUAUAUACAACAAAUUAAUAAAUGUAUUAUAUUUACAAGAGAUAAUUAUUUAAAUCAUGAAAAGAUUCAACUUUCUAUAUUUGAAAUAUUUAAUAAUAAUAAUACGUUGAACGAUAAAAAAAAUAAAUGUAUUUAUUAUUUAUCACCUUUGUUUUUCUUUUUAAAUAAAUAUCAUAAUAAAAAGAAAGGACUUACAAACAAGAUUAGAAAACAUAACACUUAUGAAUAUAAAGAUAACCACAAGGGAAUAAAUAAACAUGCAUUCAUUCAUACAAAGAAGAAAUUUGCACAUGCAUAUGACAUGAUAUAUUUUGAUGAGGAGCAUAUAAGAAGAUAUACAAAUAUAAAUAAAGAUAAAGAAAAAAUUAGAAAAAAACAAAAAAAUAUGUGUCUUUUUAAAAAAGGGACAUCUAUAUAUUCAUUCAAAGAUAUUAAUAAAAGUUUGUCAGAUAAUUUACAUUUAUCUUAUUAUAAUAAGAAAAAAAAAAAAAAAAUAAUAUCACAUAGAAAUAAUUAUAAAUCAUGGACAUUUUUUGAUUGUCUAUAUAAGAUGAAACAAAAUAUUUAUAAGAACUUUUAUUCAACAAUAGAAUCUAAUAAAUUAAAAUUUUUUAAAAUACACAGAGGGAAUGAAAAAAAAGUUUAUUUUUAUUCUCCUUAUAAUAUAUAUUUAAGAAAUAAUACAACCAAUUAUAUGAACAUAAAAAAUCAUGAUGAGAAAAAAUUAAAUGAACGAACAUAUAUUUCUUUUUUAGAAAAGAAAAAGAAUAAAAAAGAAAUGGUGAUAGAUAUUAAAUAUUAUAAAAAAAUCAAUAGUCAAAACGGAAAAAUUAAAAAUAAAGUAAAAAGAAAAAAAAAAAAAAAAAAAUAUAUAUAUAUCAAACAAAAUAAUAUUGAUUCAAGUGGUUAUAAUAAUGUAAAUGUAUGUAUGUCUUAUGAAUCAUCAAUACAUCUCUCAUUUAAACACACAUUUCAAAAUAUUAAUAUUUAUAUACCAUUAUAUUUAAUUGUAGAAAUUAAUAAACUUUUAAAAGCAUCAAAAAUAAUUCAAUUAUUAAAUAGUAAAUUAUUAAAUUUUAAAUUAUUAAAUUUUUUUCAAAAUAUAAAAAAAAAAAAAAAAUUCCAAGAUGAUAAUGAUAUACAAAUAUGUAAUAAGAAUCAUGUUGUGAAUUGUCAGAAUAAUAUUAAUAAAAAUAAGAUGACACAAAAAUUAUUAAUUACAUAUAAUUUUAAAUUAUUUUUUGUUGAUAGUAAGAUCCAUUUUUUAUCUCCAUCUAUUUUUUUUAUAUACAAUGUAAAAGAAAAGGAUGAAAACAUAAAUAAAAUGAAUAUUUUUGAUAAUAAAAUUAGAAUAUCAAAGGUUCAAAAUAAAAUAUAUACAGAUAAUUCGAAUGGACAUAUUUUUAAAAAACCUAUUCAAAGUAAUGACAUAUAUAUGUAUGAACUAAAAAAAGAUAAAGAAAAUAAAAAAAUUGAUAAGAAGAAUAAAAAGUAUCAAAGUAGUUGUGAGGGUUCGACUACUUUAUAUAAUUCUUAUUUAAAAAAAGCAGAAGAAAAGAAAAAAAAAUAUAUAGAUAAAAAAAGAAAAAAAAAAAAAAAUGUAUAUUUAUUAUUAAAAAGAAAAAGAGAACAAUAUAAUGAAGAGAAUUUAAAUAAGAAAAUUUUUUUAUAUGACAUAUUUUUAAGUGCAAAUUUUAAGGUUGAUAUUAAAAAAAUGCGUGGUAAAAAGAAAUAUAUAUAUGAAGAUAAUAAAGAUAAAAUGGAAAUUAUAUAUAACAUGGAUGAUAUAAAAAAUCUAGAAAAUAACAUAAAUGAUAAUAAUAAUAAUAAUAA